AAACCCAAAACAAAGAAAAAACAUAAUAAAAUUGAAAAAGAAAAGAAAGGAAAAAUGAGUUCGAUUAGCCGAGGAGUGGUGUGUGUGUGGUUCUGUAAAUCGUCGUCACUCCUCUUCUUAAGGCCUUCACUUUCUUCCUCACAGUCACAGCUCAGGUUUAACUCCGUCACAGCUCACACUUCCUCACCCAAGGAUCAUCGUAUGGCCACCGAAGCUUCUUCCUCACCCUCACCCCUCACCGCCGGUGACGGUAUCAGUCCAGGCGACGGACCUGCCACCUCCUCCACUUCUGCUUCCUCCGCCAUUGAUUUCCUCUCUCUUUGUCACCGCCUCAAGACAACUAAGAGAGCUGGAUGGGUGAAAAGAGAGGUUAAGGAUCCAGAAUCUGUAGCUGAUCAUAUGUAUCGAAUGGGAGUGAUGGCUCUUAUUGCUAAAGAUAUUCCUGGUGUCGAUCGAGACAAGUGUAUAAAAAUGGCUAUUGUUCAUGAUAUUGCUGAAGCCAUUGUUGGGGACAUUACCCCUUCUGAUGGGGUCCCAAAGACUGAAAAGAGCAGAAGAGAAAGAGAAGCACUAGACCACAUGUGCAAACUACUUGGUGGAGGAUCAAGAGCCGAGGAGAUAGGUGAACUAUGGAUGGAGUAUGAACAAAAUUCGUCACCAGAAGCUAAAAUUGUCAAGGACUUUGAUAAAGUAGAGAUGAUACUUCAAGCUUUAGAAUAUGAAAAUGAGCAAGGAAAGGACUUGGAUGAGUUUUUUCAGUCCACUGUUGGGAAGUUCCAGACAGAAUUAGGCAAGGCUUGGGCCUCAGAGAUAGCAUCAAGAAGAAAAAAGGAAGAAUAAUUUCUUGGUUUAGUUUUUUACUUUAUUUUUCAAAUGACUUUGAAUAUUGCCAACAAAUUGAUGCUACUGAUGAUGGAAAGUUAAAGGUUGUGGUUGCCUACCAUGGCAUUUGGCCAGUGGCUCCAGGGACUCUGAGGUAAAAGAUUAGACAAGCAGAGUCUAUUACUCUCUACUAAUUACUUCACAUGUCACCAACAAGCACUCACUCAACUUUAAUCAAAUUCAGGAUUUUGACUACUUGUCUUUUGGUGUUUUCCCUUUUCUUCCUUCAUGUAGUAAUAAUAAUAGGGAGAAAGAAAAGAUCAAAUUCUGUUCAUCUAUAUUUUGUACUAUCAUAGAUUGUUGUGGUAUUCCCCUAGAGAUUCUAAAGCUUUUUAUCUUUACUGAGAUGAACUUUCUGACA